AUGGACGUGAUCGCCUCGCCCAGUAGAAGCUGCAGCAGCCGUCGCGGGAGCAGGGUGUGCGCCGUCUACUGCCAUGACGAUCUACCUAGCUCGGGAGGCUUCCAAGUAUGGAGGAAGGUGUGCGCGGAGACGACGACCGAGCUGCCGAUGCUUCGCGAGAAGUGGCCGCUACUCCUCGCUGGGAUUGUGUUCCAGUAUAUUCAUGGGCUGGCUGCUCGAGGAGUGCAUUACUUGCAUCGGCCUGGACCACUGCUCCAGGACCUGGGAUUUAUGGCCCUUCCAGAGCUUGGACAAGACAAAAAUUAUCUUAGUGAAUGCACAUUUGUUUUCAUCUUCUUCUCCUUUUUUCUGUGGACCUUUCAUCCUUUUAUUUAUCAUAGCAAACGCUUCUACACCAUCCUAAUCUGGCGCAGGGUGCUUGCUUUUUUAGUUGCUUCACAGGUUUUAAGGAUCGUUACAUUUUAUUCAACCCAGCUCCCAGGUCCAAACUAUCACUGUCGCGAGGGCUCAAGUAUGGCCACUCUUCCACCACCCAAUAAUGUGCUUGAAGUGCUCCUAAUUAAUUUUCCUCGAGGAGUAAAUCUUGGGUGUGGUGAUCUUAUAUUUUCAUCCCAUAUGAUUUUCACUCUUGUUUUCGUUCGAACAUAUCACAAAUAUGGCUCAAAAAGGUUUAUUAAGCUCCUUGCCUGGAUGAUGGCUAUAAUUCAAAGUCUCCUUAUUAUUGCCGCUCGCAAGCACUACACUGUGGAUGUUGUUGUUGCCUGGUAUGCCGUUAAUCUAGUCGUCUUCUUCGUGGACACCAAGCUCCCAGAAAUGCCGGACCGUACAAAUGGGUCACCCUUGAUUCCGCUGAGCAACAAAGAUAAAGAUGGAAGACCAAAGGAUGAGAAAGACGUGAGGCUGAAGGACGAGUUCCAUAAGCUGUUGAACGGGAACCAUGGGGAUGCGACUGAUCGGCGGCAGCGGGUGCAGAUGAACGGGAGGCACGCCGAGGAGGACAUGAGCAUGCUCUCCGACGCCACGCCCAACGGCACAUGA